UCUGACAUUUCUCAUUAAAGAGCUGUGCAAAACACGUGUGAAAUAAAUAAAUCGCAUCGUUUGCUUUAUUUUAAAAUUUUUUAAUAAAAUGUAUCUUAUGUACACAUUGAAUGAAAAAGGAGAACGCGUCUACACAUUGAAGAAACGCACUGAAGAUGGACACCCAACAAUUUCUGCUCAUCCAGCUCGUUUCUCGCCAGAAGAUAAAUACUCGCGCCAACGUUUGACUAUAAAGAAACGUUUUGGACUAUUAAUCACACAACAGCCUGAACCAGUUUACUAAUUUCCAAGCCUAAUAUCAUCAACCUGUAUAUCAAUAAGCUCGCUCCUAAGUAAUUAACGUAUUGAAUAUGAGUAAAUAAACACUUUUAUUAACUAAGCAGUAAAACUA